UCACCUAGCCUGCUCAGGCCCAGACACAUCUGAAGGACAGGAUGCCAUCCACAGAACCCUAGACAAGCUCCUGAAAUGAGCCCAUGGGAACCUCAUGAGUUUUAACAAGACCAAGUGCAAGGUGCUUCAACUGGGUUCAGGCAUCGGGGACACCCAGGAGGUGCGCUUGCAGCAGCAGAGAGUAAAACCUGCUGCUGCAAUGCUGGUGAAUGGGAGCAACUCAUAACCCCAGCUCCCCUCAGGCCACUGCAGAGAAGAGCAUGGCUACAGAGGUGGACAACUGCUGUCCCAUCUGCCUGGACAGCUGGAAGGAGAUCAGCUACAUAUUGCCAUGCCUGCACCAGUUCUGUUACACCUGCAUCCUGCAGUGGGCAGAGAGUACACCCAAGUGCCCUCUCUGCAAGAGGAGGAUUCUGUCCAUCUUGCACUCUGUGGGGACAGGAAAUGACUACAUGGAGCACGUCAUUGCACUAUCUGAGACACCAUCCAUCAUUGUCCACCAGGCAAGAGGAGACCUCAGACAUCUUGACCUCCAUUUCUCUGAAGCAUCCCAAACAUGGGCUGCAGAAGGAAUGCCCAGGCAUCCUGUGGGCAGCCUCCAGCCUGGGGAAUGGGUGGUACUUUUCCGGGACCACCCAUGCCUCCUAGAUACUCUGGUGCUCUGGGUCCGACCAAGGUUAAGGCAGAUCUUCAGGAACAACUGGAUGGAGGCAGACCUAGUGGAGGACACUGUCACGGACAUCCUGACCAACCACGGAAUUGAUGAAGACCACCUGGUACAGAUGCUGGGGGUAUCCCUCCAAAACCAUGCGGCGACAUUUGUGCAACAGCUUAUCCGUGUUGCUGUGCGACGGUGCAGCAGGGAAGCUUGUCGUCUGCUGGCCCACCAGCCCUAUCUCCCUGCCCAGGUCCCAGCACUUUUGACAGCCCUGCAAGAUGUACCAUGGAUGAGAUGCCCAACACCUCCUCCACUGCCAUGGAUGGGGAUUUCAGAAGCUACCCCUCUAUACCCAUUACCAUCAUUGUUGGAGCAAGAAGAGCCCCGGGAGGAGCCAGAGGAGUCUGUUCCUCAGUCCUCCACUUCCACACAGGGCAGUGAACCCUCUCCUGAGGGGCCAUGAUGACCCCUGAAGAGGCAGGCAAGUAGCCCUGGGGCUUCUUCAGCCACCCCUGCAUCCGUGACUUUGGAGGAUGCCUCAGGGGUUAGCCAAACUGGAACUGAACCAUCAGCUGGGGCAUGCACCAACCCCCUAGGGCUCCCAGCCCCUCUGAUCUUGCUAUCCAAAUAAAAUGAAUGUAUGGAAACUCAUAAGAAGUCUCAGUGUUAU